AGCAGCAGCAGAAGUGCUGUAGGAGAGCUGGUGUGUGACGGUCGCAGUCUCUCUCUGCAGUAGAAAGGAAACGGACUGAGGAGGCUGAGCUCCACAUUUGAGCGGCAGAACUCAUCGGGACCAACUCACUCAGGAGAGGAGAGCUUGUGCGUAAAGACGCACGUUACGAGCUAUCCAAGAGAGGACUCUGAAUUACGAGGCACGUUUUUGUCACUCUCUAUCAAUCUCUCUCUUGUUCUCGCACAUCAUCGGAUCCCUUUUUAACAUUUUUUAUAGCGAGAAAGGACAUUUUUUGUACUCGCAAAUCCACUUUCUCGCUCCGUGUUUGGUUUUCUUUCUCUCCAUGGAUUUAGCCCUCUGAGCGGCCGGCUGCAGUGGACUUUGCCCAGGAGGGGGAUCACCAGCCGAGCCCGGCAGCUGUCGUUCAUGUUCCAGGGGGCUUUUUUUGAUGGAUUUAUAACUUUGUUUUCAGCCGGAUACACAGCAGCUAAAAGACACAGAUACACAUUUUGGGAAAGGAUACAGAGCUCCAAAUGAGGAUUUCAAUAUUCAGUCGUAUCGACCGGGACAAGAAGUGAUUCCCCCGUGGUGCCAGUCAUCAGGCCGGGAGGAAAGGAUUCAGAUUGAGAGACUUUGUGGGUUUCUGAAGUUUCCAAUGCCAGGGGCCGGAGUGUGAGGCCACUUCACGGCUUCCAGAGUUUAUUUCUACCUUUUUCAAUCAGAAGACAAACGUCAAGAAGAUGGCGAGGAUCUGCACGUUCUGCAUUCUCCUGCUUUGUUUGGUGGACAAACUGUCGGCCAGGGCCAUUGAGGAAGGAAGGACUAAAGAACUUCGGGUCUCCAGGCCUCUGAUCUUACCAGGUUACCCAGAAAACACCACAGGGGUGGUGGGUGGUCAAGCGAAGCUGGUGUGCAAAGUCCACCGGCCGGUGUCCACCAAGGUGCAGUGGCUGAAGACAGAGGCUAGCCAGGGAGGACCGCCUCGGCUCAGGGCUCUGACGGCCCUGCAGAGCAACGGGUCCAAGGUGAACACUUUGCAUCUGUCCAACAUCACUCUGGAGGAUGCAGGAGAGUACAUCUGCAUGGCUGAGAGCACCCACGGAGGACAGACGGUACAGGCCAUGCAGACAGCGUGGCUCGAGGUCCUGCCGGGUACCAUCAUUUCCCAGACUGUGGACCUGACGGCUGCUGACAUCCCAUCAGAUGUUCUCGAGGACCUGAGUGAAGACACCACAGAACAUCUCCUGUUAGAGCCGGGAAACGUCCUGAAACUGCGCUGCGACACAAGCACUCGGCCAGGCAUGGCAGUGAACUGGUACAAGGAAGGAGCCCGAGUUCUGCCCACGCCGCGCAUCCAGAUGCGCAGUGCCAUCAUGGAGAUCACAGACGUGACAUAUGAGGACUCUGGCGUUUAUGUUUGUGUUCUAAGGGGCUCCAAAGAGCCUGUGAGGAACUUCACCAUCACUGUGGCAGACUCGCUGGGGUCGGGGGACGAUGAUGAGGACAAUGGCUUGGAAGACUCAUCGGCUGAGAUCGAAAACGACCAGGUUUACUUCUCCAGAGGUCCCUACUGGACACACACCCAGCGCAUGGAGAAGAAGCUGUAUGCUGUCCCAGCAGGCAACACGGUGAAGUUUCGUUGCCCGGCCAUGGGCAGUCCCAUGCCGAGCAUCCGCUGGCUCAAAAAUGGACGUGAAUUUAGAGGAGAGCACCGCAUCGGAGGCAUCAAGCUGAGACACCAGCACUGGAGCCUGGUGAUGGAGAGCGUCGUGCCUUCGGACAGAGGAAACUACACCUGCGUGGUGGAGAACAAAUAUGGCUCCAUCACUCACAGCUACGUUCUCGAUGUCCUGGAGCGUUCCCCACACCGGCCCAUCCUGCAGGCCGGUCUACCAGCCAACACCACAGCAGUGGUGGGCAGCGACGUUCAGUUCCACUGUAAGGUCUACAGCGAUGCCCAGCCUCACAUUCAGUGGCUCAAACACAUAGAAAGGAACGGCAGCCGAUAUGGCUCUGAUGGGACGCCCUACGUUCGGGUCCUCAAGACCGGCAGUCUGAACAUGUCAGAGGUGGAGGUGCUCUAUCUGUCCAAAGUUACCAUGGAGGACGCAGGAGAGUACACCUGUCUAGCUGGAAAUUCAAUUGGAUUUGCGCACCAGUCCGCCUGGCUCACUGUCCUCUCAGAAGAAGAAGCAGCGGAUGCUAUGGACACCAUGGAGACCAAGUACACCGACAUCAUUAUCUACGCCUGCGGUUUUCUAGCUCUGAUCAUGGCCAUCGUCAUCGUGGUGUUGUGCCGAAUGCAGGUCCACCCCAGGAGGGAGCCGUUUGACGCCCUCCCUGUUCAGAAGCUGUCCAAGUUUCCUCUUCGCAGACAGUACUCAGUGGAGUCCAACUCAUCAGGGAAGUCCAGUGCGUCUCUGAUGAGGGUGGCUCGCCUCUCAUCCAGCUGCUCCCCGAUGCUGGCCGGAGUCAUGGAGUUUGAAUUGCCGUACGAUCCAGACUGGGAGUUCCCCCGAGAGAAUUUAACGUUGGGCAAACCUCUAGGAGAAGGCUGCUUCGGUCAGGUGGUCAGAGCUGAGGCCUACGGCAUCAACAAGGACUCUCCGGAUCCUUCCUCUACAGUGGCGGUUAAGAUGCUCAAAGAUGACGCCACAGACAAAGAUCUGGCAGACCUCAUCUCGGAGAUGGAGCUGAUGAAGGUGAUGGACAAACACAAGAACAUUAUCAACCUGCUCGGAGUCUGCACACAGGACGGCCCUCUGUAUGUGCUGGUGGAGUACGCCUCAAAAGGCAGUCUGAGGGAGUACCUGCGGGCCCGGAGACCCCCAGGCAUGGACUACACCUUUGAUGUGACCAAGGUGCCCGAGGAGCAGCUCACCUUCAAAGACCUGCUGUCCUGUGCCUACCAGGUGGCCCGAGGGAUGGAGUACCUGGCUUCUAAAAGGUGCAUCCACAGAGAUCUGGCCGCCAGAAACGUUCUGGUGACGGAGGACAACGUUAUGAAGAUCGCAGACUUUGGCCUGGCCAGAGGAGUCCACCAGAUCGACUACUAUAAGAAAACCACCAACGGACGGCUGCCGGUGAAGUGGAUGGCACCAGAGGCUUUGUUCGACAGAGUUUACACACACCAGAGCGACGUAUGGUCGUUUGGCGUUCUGAUGUGGGAGAUCUUCACACUGGGUGGCUCACCGUACCCCGGUAUCCCCGUUGAGGAGCUCUUCAAGCUGCUGAAGGAGGGACACCGCAUGGACAAACCCUCCAAUUGCACACAUGAACUGUAUAUGAUGAUGCGUGAGUGCUGGCAUGCUGUUCCCACCCAGAGGCCGACCUUCAAACAGCUGGUUGAGGAGCUGGACAGAGUGCUGCUGUCCAUCUCUGACGAGUACUUGGACCUUUCGACGCCCUUCGAGCAGUACUCCCCAUCAUGCGAAGACACGUCCAGCUCCUGCUCAUCCGACAACGACUCUGUUUUCACCCACGAUGCCUUGUCCACCGACCCCUGCCUCCUGGGCUACCAGGACGUGCGCUCCCGGAUAGACAUAAAGACAGCGCUCCGAUAGACUUCCAACUGAAGGCACCCACACAUACACAAACACAACACUAACACAUCCACUGGUGGCCAUAUUGGAGGUCCACAGCUGCAAAGUUAAGUUAUCCUCAUGAAGUUUUCCUCUGAACCUCCAUUAUGGCACCAGACGAAGCCUUUAGAUAUAGAGGGGCAUUUACACACACACAGAAUUACAUGGAUGCACGUGGAGCACUGAGGCCGGUGGGCUUCAUCACAUGGUGAAGGUUUGAAGAAAAACAUUUCAUCGUGGGCAGAAGAAGACAAACAAAAUGUGGUACUUUCAGCUCUGGCUCUGUGCCCAAGAACAGCUGUAAACGUUGGAAAACUGUGGCACUAAACACAACAGAAAAAGACCCUGGUACUCAAAAAUGCCCCGAAAUGCUUUCUUUCAUCAUCAGAGAGGCGAAGGACAAUGAUCUCCUCACACAACCCAAAACCAGGGCGUGAAACCUCUGUGAUAAAGACAUUUUUAACAUAAAAAAAGAUUUAUUUUGCUAUGAUAAAAAAGAAGAAACUGAUUGUUAAAUAUAAAUCUCUCUAUAUAAGAUUAUUUUACUUUUGUGUUGCUUAUUUAAAAAAAAAGGUCUUAAAUCUCAGGAUCUCUUGUGCUAAGAAGUUGCUGUAGCUGCAGCAAAGUGCCUGAAUUUACGAUUUCCUGUGAAUAUAUUAGAAUAUUAAAAUAUUGUAUGUACAUAUCAACAGCAGAUAGACGAUUGCCUUUUAUAAAUUAUUCUGAAUGACACGAAAAUGAAGGUUAUUUGAGGGCGAAAGGAGAGAGGAAUUGAAUCAUUUCAACGUGCCAAACCUGUCGCAGCUGUUUUCAUGUUCAAGUUUCACUCCAAAAUAUUCCAAUGAUCUCCCAAAUUAAAACAUAAGUCACCCCUAAAGUCAUGCCUAAACAGUGGAUGCUACUUUUGUAAACAUUUUUGAAAAACAAGCCUGUAGUUUGAUCAACGCACAAAAUAUUCAUUUUCUGACUCAAACCUCAAAAUUUGUGUGGUCAAAAAAUGAUGGACUGGACUUUUAAAGAUGCCUUACUGUUGGAAAUUUUGGAAUGAAACCCUCUGUUUGUCAUUUUUAAGUAAAUCUGCUUCGACCUCCAGCCCAGGAAAACAAUUUGUGGUUUAAAUACCAGAAGGACUUCCAGUUCUUGUAGCUCUUGUUGGACGAAAACCACCAAAAAUGUUUUCACUGUAAUGCAUUUCUUUUUGAACAAAGUCUCAAAGGUCACAGGACUCGUUUACGUGUUCAAACAACUAGUAAACUUUUGAGUCGUGGUCUUCCUCUAACAACAGCUUUGCUCUUCCAGUCUACAUGAUCGCUUUGUCAGAGACAGUGCGUCCAGGGCAAGGACUCGACCUCAAAAGGAGGACUGAUGACUCGGCCUUGGGGACUCUGUUGGGGAGCUGGCCCAAGCCCACUGUCACUACUGACAAGGAGAGGGGGGUACUGAAUGUGAAAGCCAGUGUGAUUGAUUUCAAAUAGAGGAGAAUGGGGAGGGAGCCUCCUUUGUCUGGCUGUAACCCUUCACCCAGCCCAAUCUGUUGGCGAGGGGUCCUCAGGUCCGCAGCCUGGCUGGACAAUGAAGGCUUUGCAGGCUUAAUGGGUGUGACUACGGACCAGAGGGAGUUUUGGGGGGGGUUGGUGGUGGUGGUGUGGGGAUAGCUUGGGCUUGUGUGCAAAUGAAGAGGCUCUUAUUAUGUUAAUGUGUCCUCUUCUCUCCCAAACGCCCCUAUCUUUAUCCCCACAGCCACCAUCUUUUAAAUUACAAAUCUUAAUUCAGAUUCGGGACCAGCUGCAGAAAAUUCCCCUGUGGGCUAAAAAAUGCCAACUAGGUCCUGAAUCUGACCACUGACAAAAAAAUUAAGACACAUGAAAAAAUAAAUAUUGACAGUUGGAUGGAAAUGACCCAACUCUUGUUGAAAGCGUAGCAAAAAAAUUGCCUUUUUUAAUUCAAAUUCAUCCAAAAUUUAGCAGUUUUCAAAGCUUGCAGCCUCCCUCAGUCUCCUGAAACACAUGUCAUUUGCCAGCGUCUUUUCUUGUAUUGCUCCUUUACUCUUUGGUCCCCCUUUUCAAGUGUUGUAAAGUGUAAAGAAAAGUGCAUGGUUUCAUUGCAAAAUGCCUUAAAUGCAUCAUCCAAUCAUCUUCCUGUGUGGAAAACCAGCCACCCGUUCUGUCAAUGAAGGAUUCAUGUAUCUUCUCUCCUCAUGCUGUCAAUCAUCUGUUGACAGUUGGUGUCUCAUUUUGGACAGACGCUCUUUUUACAUUUACAUACAAACACAAAGUGUCCAGAUACAUUUGCAUCUUUACAUUCCAGUUAUCUGCUCUUCUCCCAGAUACAAACAAUCACAGCGUUCUUAAACAUUUCCUCAAGAGAAUUAUUUUAGAAAUAU